CCCCGACCCCCGCCCCUCCCCGGCAGCUCCGCGGCUGCUACACCGGGUAGGUUUCUAGUCACUAUGGCGGCCGCUGCGCUCAAGGUCGGAGGAAAGUUUUCCUGGUCGGCGGCUGCUUGAGAGGCAGAGCAACCGAGCGGGAGGCGUCCGGGCCCGGCCGCCAGGCCUCUCCCGCCGCCGCAGGGCCGGCCGCCGGGCGAGCGGAGCCGCGCGCGGGGGGCUGAGGAGCGGGCCCUCCUCAUGCGCAGCCACCUGCGGAAGGGCUGAGCGGAGCCGAGGGGACGCCGUCUUUCCCGGCCCGCCGUUCCAAGCGCCGGGGGCUCCUGGCAGAUACUUCCUGGAGGAGCCCCCCUGCUCGCCUCCCUUCUCCGCCGGCCCCGCGCCCCCGCCCGCCGGCCCGCGGCCAGCAGACCCGCCGCCGAGGGACGCCUGCCCGCUGCCGCCGGAGGCACCGCCUGGGAGCAACCUGUCAGCGCACCUCGUAGGCCGUCCCCGAAGGACCCUUCCCACGCGUUAGUUUGUCCCCGAGAGGAGAGUUUGAAGCCCUCUCCAUGCCUUAUCAAGUUCCUUAUCUGAGUGGUUGCCUGAAACUGUAGACCAGGUCGGCUUUACCAGGUGUGGGGGAGGAAAACGUUACAGCUCUCACAACCCAUCCCAAAUCGAGGACCACCUAUUCCGCUUUGGUUUAACAAAUGAAGAUGGUGAAAUGUGGAUUGCCCUGUGAGGCAACUAGAUUCCUGUUGCAGAAUGAGGGCUUCGUAUUCACCUUCCAAUUCCUGAUCUGUGCACUUUGAGAGAGGACGCUAAUCCUUCUCUCUCAUCCCCCUUCCCUAAACCUUUCCUUGCUUCCAUGUUGCAUUGGUCAGAAUUUUGGUCAGUGUUGUUGACAGAAAGGGGGAGGGGGGCAAAGAAAGCAGUCGAGGUUACAAAAAAAGUACUUACAUGACUCAUCUACUUGGAUUUAAGACAUUCUAUUUAUCUUUCAAGGAGCCUUUGCACCUCUUUGAAGGAAUCAAAUGCUUGUUCCUGUUCUUCCAGAGGAGGAUGGAUUGAAAGUUACACAUUUUAGAUUUUUUUUGGGCCAUUGCUGAUAUUAUUAAAAGACAUAAUGGGGCUUCUUUACUGGAUUAUUGCCAGAAUUAGUUUACACGCUGAAAAAAUGAGGUUUUAGGCCUCUCGUAUUAUAAUGUUUGUCCUGCUUUAAUAUAAAGUUGCUGUGGAGGUUUGGGUUAAAAAUUGCGGAGGACAGUCUCUGCGGUGGAAGAGGCUCUCUUCAUCUCUGGUUGGUGUGGCAACCCCCAUCUGUCCUCGAUGCCUUCAGCCUUGGCCAUCUUCACUUGCCGCCCGAACUCUCACCCGUUUCAGGAGCGUCAUGUCUACCUGGACGAGCCCGUCAAGAUCGGCCGCUCGGUGGCUCGAUGCCGGCCCGCUCAGAACAAUGCAACUUUUGACUGUAAGGUGCUGUCCAGGAACCAUGCUCUGGUCUGGUUUGAUCACAAGACAGGCAAGUUCUAUCUUCAAGACACUAAAAGUAGUAAUGGUACCUUUAUUAAUAGCCAGAGACUGAGUAGAGGAUCUGAGGAAAGCCCACCAUGUGAAAUUAUGUCAGGUGACAUAAUCCAGUUUGGCGUAGAUGUGACAGAGAACACGCGGAAAGGUAAGGUUACCCAUGGAUGUAUAGUCUCCACAAUCAAAUUGUUUCUUCCAGAUGGAAUGGAAGCUCGAUUGCGAUCAGAUGUUAUCCAUGCUCCAUUACCAAGUCCUCUUGACAAGGUUGCUGCUAACACUCCCAGUAUGUAUUCUCAGGAAUUGUUUCAGCUUUCACAGUAUCUACAGGAAGCCUUACAUCGGGAACAAAUGUUGGAACAGAAGCUGGCAACCCUUCAGCGACUACUUGCUGUCACACAAGAGGCUUCAGAUACUAGUUGGCAGGCUUUAAUAGAUGAAGACAGGCUGCUAUCAAGAUUAGAGGUUAUGGGAAACCAAUUACAGGCAUGUUCAAAGAAUCAAACAGAAGACAGUAUACGAAAAGAGCUUAUAGCAUUACAAGAAGACAAACACAAUUAUGAGACAACAGCCAAAGAGUCCCUGAGGCGGGUCCUUCAGGAGAAAAUUGAAGUGGUCAGAAAACUGUCUGAAGUAGAGAGGAGCUUAAGUAAUACAGAAGAUGAAUGUACUCACCUGAAAGAAAUGAAUGAGCGGACUCAGGAAGAACUAAGAGAAUUAGCUAAUAAGUACAAUGGAGCUGUAAAUGAAAUUAAAGAUCUUUCAGACAAGCUAAAGGUAGCAGAAGGAAGACAAGAAGAAAUCCAGCAGAAAGGACUGGCUGAGAAAAAAGAAUUGCAGCAUAAAAUAGAUGAAAUGGAAGAGAGAGAGCAAGAGCUUCAAGCAAAAAUAGAAGCUUUGCAGGCUGAUAACGACUUCACCAAUGAGCGACUAACUGCUUUACAAGUACGGUUAGAACAUCUUCAAGAGAAAACUCUUAAAGAACACAACAGCUUAGGCAUACAAGUUGAUGACUUCAUACCUAAAAUUAAUGGGAGCACAGAGAAAGAGCACUUUCUUUCAAAGAGUGGAGGGGACUGCACUUUUAUUCAUCAGUUCAUAGAAUGCCAGAACAAGAUCAUAGAUGAAGGACAUCUAACAAAAGUGGAAGAAACAAAGCUUUUGAAAGAAAAUCAAGCAAGAGUCAAAGAAUCUGAUUUGUCAGACACUCUUAGUCCAAGCAAGGAAAAAAGCAGCGACGACACUACAGAUGCCCAAAUGGAUGACCAAGAUCUAAAUGAACCUAUUGCUAAAGUAGCUCUUCUGAAAGAUGAAUUGCAGGGUGCACAAUCAGAGACUGAGGCUAAGCAAGAAAUUCAGCAACUGCACAAGGAGCUGAUUGAAGCCCAAGAGCUAGCUAGGACAAGUAAACAAAAAUACUUUGAACUUCAAGCACUGUUGGAGGAAGAGAGAAAAGCAUAUCGAGUACAAGUUGAAGAAUCCAACAAGCAAAUAAAUGUUUUGCAAGCUCAGUUGCGAAGAUUACAAGAAGAUAUUGAAAAUCUUCGUGAUGAAAAGGAGAAUGAAGUUUCAAGCACUCGAAGUGAACUAGUCAGUGCUCAGAAUGAAAUCCUGUCUCUUCAAAAAGUAGCAGAAAAGGCAGCGUCAGAACGAGAUACAGAUAUUUCUGCAUUACAAGAUGAGCUUCAAACAGUGCGAGCGGAACUCGAACGGUGGCAAAAAAAUGCCUCAGAUUAUGAAAAAGAAAUAGUCAGACUGCAAGCCAAUUUUCAGCUUAAAUGUCAGCAGUGUGAGGAUCAGAAGAAGGAGGAGGCUACACGCUUAAAAGGUGAACUUGAAAAGUUGAAGGCGGAGUGGAGUGCUCUGGAAGCUGAAUGUGUUACACUAAGGAAGGAAAAUACUUUGCUUACAUCUGAACUUCAGCGACAAGAGAAGGAGCUUUCUAGCUCUCAGAAACAGAGCUUAGCGCUAACCAGCGAUAUAAGUGUUCUUCAAAUGUCUCGAAAGGAACUUGAAGAUCAGAUGGGAUCUUUGAGAGAAAAACAUCAACGGGAUGCAGCUAGUCUAAAAAGCCAACUCAGUGAAGCUGAGAGUCAAGCAAAAGAUGUUCAGAAAGAGUAUGAAAGAACACAGACUGUGCUCUCAGAGCUGAAGGCGAAGUGUGAGAUGGCUGAACAAGAAAAUCAGUCACUCACAGAAGAGCUCAAACAAUGUAAAGAAAACCUGAAGCUGCUACAAGAAAAAGGAAACAACAGACAAUGGCCUUGGAUGCCUGUGAUGGCAGCUUUGGUUGCUGUAACAGCCGUGGUGCUGUACCCAGGCCUAACCAGAGCUUCUCCAUGAGAACUGUUGUUGAAUCCAUACACCGUCCUCCCUUUAGAAGCUGGCAACAUUCAUAUACUGAGGGAAAACAGAUUAAUUCUCUUCCUUUUUACCUCUUAAUACAGCACAGCUCUGCGUGAGAACAGCAGUAGGGUCAUUUGCUUUAAACUGUAUAAAAUGUAUCUGUCUAUAAAGAGGGAAUAAAAUUGUGAUUCAUCAUACUGUGAGCAAUACUUUUGCUUACAAUUUCAUGCAAGUUUUAAAAUAGUAUGUUGGGAUUCUGAAUAAUAUAAUGGUGGCCUAAAGUAGGCUUCUUGGUACCAAACUAUUUAUAAUGGCUAGGGUUGUGGACACUUUAGAAUCCGAUUGCCAGAUUUAAAAGGAAAAACACACUUCUGAAUUGGACAACCAAGCCUAGUAACCUUGCAGAUACUUGGAAAAGAGAUGCAGUGUGCUCAGUGCCUUUCAGUAUGAUUUUUCCUUUUUUUAAAAAAAACCCAAACCAACAAACUAAUAGUACCAUUUUCCUUGCUGUUAGUCACUGAGCUGUUGGGAACAAGACUUAAGAAAACUCUUACCACGCCUUUUGAAGGAAGCAUAUUUUUCUUUGAUAAGGGUUGCUUUAUUAAUGAUUUUUGGGAAUAAACACAAUUCAUGUCCAGCCUUAAAGAGACUGAGAUACUGAUGGUGAAGACCAGCCUAGAGAAUUUAGUGUGCGCGUGUGCGAGUGUAAGCAUGUGUGUGUUCUUGAGUGAACUAAGGUAUUUCUGGGAGCAAGUACUUGGUCAUUUGAUGGACAUAGUGCAGUGAUUCAACUUACGUUAACUUUAGUUUGAAUGUAAUUUAUUAAAUUUCAUAUAUUUAAAGAGAUGCAUUCUUUAAAAGUAUGGAUACUUUCUCACAUACCACAUGUAUCUAUUUUUUCAGUCAUUUGAUACUUUCUGACUUGAGCUGGAGAAGCUCUUUAGAUAAGCUUUUGUUGACGUAACUUUAUUAAGAGAACUGCUACAGUAUGUCUGUGAUUAGCUGAAAAAAACCUGAAGAUUCAUAAAAUGCUACAAAAUUGGAAUCAUCUACCUGAUGUAUUUUCAGGUCAAGAUGGUUUUAAUUCGGUAGCAAAAUUUUGUGCAUCCUCAUCACAUGGCUGUAAGUAUGAUGCAGUGGUCCCCAUUACAGAGUUUUUCUUUAUCUAAGUACCAUUAACUAUUGCAAUUUGCUGACAUUUGGUGGGAAUCACUGUAGUUAGUGCGAAAGUAAAUGUGGACUGUCGUUGUCUUGUUCAGCUCAACAGUUCUGUCAAAAAAAGUUUAUUAAAGACUUAAAUAAUAUGCUAAAGAAUGGUAAAACAAAAUGGCUCUGCUAAAGGAAACUUCAAAAUAGGGAGAUAAUCUCAGCAAUUGAAUUGGCUUUAAUAUGUUAUGGCAAUCGACAGAUAGUUUAAAUAUUUAAAUGGAAAUUUAGCAUAUAAUUUACUUUGUGAGGUUUUAAGGGUCGUUGUCCUUUAAGGUUCUAUCUUAAGUUACAUGGGAUUUCCUAAUGGGAGGAUUAAUAGUUGGAAAAAAUAGUCCAGAAGUGACUUGUAGAAAAUAAAUAUUGUCAUUUAGUUCAUUCAUUUCAUCCUUUUCAGUUGCAGGAAGCCACCCAACCACAGAACACUCGUAUGCCAGUGGUACUUAGUACCUCUUGUAUAUAGGUUAUUGCAAAUAUUGUUCUGAAAUGCUUAACUUCAGAAUUACAUUUUUUUAAAGUAAAUAAUUGUUUUAAAUCUAUUUUGUAAAGAUAUAAAAAUACAAUAGAAUUUCUGGAGUACAGAUUAAACUAUUUGCACUAACACACGUGAUGUGCAUGAUUUAAUAAAAUAACUUUACUCUCCCUA